AUGCUCGCCACUAGGUCCUGCGACCCUGAGCACAGCCACUGGUCCUUGGGCAAAUACUUUCCAGCUCCUGGUAAAGCUUCAGCCAGUCCACGCAUGUCAGACCAAUACGACUCCUCACUACAAACACAGCCAGACUGGCAGGGCCAGUAUCCGUAUCUUUCGCAGCCAGCUGGAUCUGCCUAUUCUCAACCCUCCGAAUCGAAUCAUGCCAACUCGGGAGUAGUCCAACCUCAAUCCAUGGCACAGAGCGAAAAUCUUCGGCUAGAAGCCCAUGCAGAUAGACAGCCAACACUGACACCCAGUUUACACCAUAACACGUAUCGCGGAGCAGCAGAGGACCACGGCCAUCCUUCCCGACUUGCCGAGUCAUCAGAGAGAAAGGAGGAAUCAAGAAGCAUGAGCACGACAUCCCGUUUGCUGGACGAACCCGUACCGACUGCCAGAGCCACUACUAGAGAUUCUGUACCUUCGGGCUACGUCAACUCAACUUCAACAAUGGCGAAAGGCUUGGGCAAUCCCUCUGAUAGAUUUGGACCAGAUGAUCAACGUGCGGUAGUACCGAAGGAUGAAGAUGAUGCUUUACUUGACGAGGAUAUGGCCGAGGAUGAGGCGGAUUCACUACUUCAAACUGCGGCAGAACGGGUGGCAGCUCGCAGAAAGAUGAAGCGCUUCAGGCUUACGCACCAGCAAACACGGUUCUUGACGAGCGAAUUUGCAAAGCAGCCCCACCCUGACGCUGCCCAUCGAGAAAGGCUGUCCAGAGAAAUACCUGGAUUAAGCCCUCGACAAGUCCAAGUGUGGUUUCAGAACCGGCGUGCGAAGAUCAAGAGGCUCAACGCCGAUGACCGUGAUCGAAUGAUCAAGAUGAGAGCAGUUCCAGACGAUUUUGACAAUGUACAAGCUUUGCAUUCUCCUUACGGGGCAGUCCAUAUGCCGAUGCCGCUGGCAGCCCCCGUAGACUUUGGACACCACCCUCCAUAUCCGAGCAACUCGAUGAGAGCACCCCUAAUGGUGGACGUGCGGCGUCAAGAGGGACCAGGUCAUAUGUCGCCCACAGGCUUGACGCCAUCGUUUGGCAACAUCGGCUUUUACCCUUCGAACGCAGUAAAUUCAUCCGGAGUCAUGUCGCCAAUAUCACCGCACUCUAGUGAGCGCUAUCCUCCCCAUGGAAGUGGCGGGCCACACGGGCCCCUGGAUGCGCAUCGCCACGGAGUUAGGCCACUCCAAACCUUUCAUAACCGGGAUCCGGUAUCCAGGCCAAGGUCUGAGUCUCUGCAAUUACACUAUAUGCAUCCUGGUGUGAAUACGCACUCCAGUGUAUCUGAUCGGUCUUCCUUGGUCUAUCAGCCUGGCCAGAUGAGCCAAGCGGCACCUAGCAGCGCAGGGGGUGUUGACCGGAGCCCCUACACAAGCAGCAGUAAUGCACAAUCAUCGCCGACAGGAUUGAGCUACCCCAAUUUCCAGCAGACAUCUGAGAAUGGAUCUCGUCUUCGAGCUGCCUCAGCCUCGUUGCCCCUGAAUACGACAGACCAUUAUCGAGCACUCCAAUCUCCUCAGUCGCACAAUCAUCGAACAGCCGGAUCUUCUUCGCAAUAUGGAGCGUCGUCAACCUACCAGGCCAGCUACGGCGCCGCUCCUUUAUCAGCGCCGUUGACCCCUUCUCUGGCGGCUCCUCCACCGCGAACAUCAGCUACACCAUCAAGUGUAAGAGACUAUCCAGAGUCGGUGGGUACACCUGGUUUUCCUCAGACUCUGCAGAGUGGCCUGAAUGGUCAUGAUUCUCGUACAGCCUCGAGAAGCGUUUAUCCUAGCGGGGCACCGGAUUACGCAAAUAACCAGCAACGUAAUGACAGCUAUGGCAUCAACGAUUUAAACAGCGCAAUUUCAUUGAAACGGGAUCGAGGAUAUAUAACUCAAGGAGGAGCAACGUCACCACUCGAUAGAGCGAGGCCCUCAUUGCAUCAUAGCACAAGUUAA